GUUUUGAAAUCUUAACCAUUUUGGAUGAUUCGAAAGAAACUGGCAGCCAAGCAAACUCCCGAGGAGGAUAAUGGCGGAAUCGAAGGCCGAAGAUUACGGAGCUUUCAUCCAAAGAUUUAACCUUUUCCCUUCACCUCACUCCCCUACUUUGCCUCCACUUCCACUUGAAGGCCUCACCUUCGCUGUGAAAGAUAUAUUUGAUAUCGAUGGGUCUGUUACUGGAUUCGGCAAUCCAGAUUGGGCAAGGACUCAUUUGCCAGCCACAUCCACGGCGCCAGCAGUAUUGGCUCUUCUCGAAGCAGGAGCUACGUGUGUUGGUAAAACGGUUAUGGAUGAGAUGGCCUACAGCAUCAAUGGAGAGAAUAAGCAUUAUGGGACGCCCAUUAAUCCAUGUGCUCCUGGUCGAGUGCCUGGAGGAUCUUCUAGUGGAUCUGCUGUUGCUGUUGCCGCAGGACUUGUUGAUUUCUCUCUAGGUACUGACACUGCUGGGAGUGUGAGGGUACCAGCAGCAUACUGUGGGAUCUUUGGUUUCCGACCUUCACAUGAUGUUGUUUCUACUAGCCAUGUCAUUCCCAUGGCUCAAAACUUUGAUACUGUUGGAUGGUUUGCAAGAGACCCAGCGACCAUAAGCAAAGUGGGCCAUACUUUACUGCAAUUGCCUGGUGAAAUAAAUGUUAAACCAACUCGCUUCAUUAUUGCCAAUGACUGUUUCAAGUAUCUUGGAUCACUUGGUGAGCAAAUUUCACAUAUCCUUGUUCAGUCUGUAGAGGAUACUUUUGGAAGUCAUGUGAUUAGCCAUGAAAACCUUGGAAAUUACACACUCAGUAAGGUUCCUAUUUCAAAAAGUUUUGUAAGUACAGCCCCCGAAAGUCGAGCUUCUACAAUACCAGAACUAGGAGCUCUGUCAUAUGCCCUGCGUUUGCUUCAGAGGUUUGAAUUUAAGUCUAAUCAUGAAGAAUGGUUAAAUAAUGUGAAACCCAGCUUAGGUCCUGGAAUAUCAGAAAGAAUAAUGGAAGCCCUGACAUCAACAGAUGAUAAUUUAGACAGCUGCAGGAAAUUCAAGGUUGAUUUCAAGGCUGCCUUGACUGAUCUUUUGGGGGACUAUGGAGUCCUUGCAAUACCUACCAUUCCAGGGCCACCUCCAAAGCUCAACCUAGAUGUUACAGCAUUAAAAGACUUUCGUGCCCAAGCUUUCUGUUUGAUAGCCGUUGCUAGCAUGUCUGGCUUCUGCCAGAUCUCUGUACCACUUGGGCUGCAAAAUGGCCUUCCGGUUUCAGUUUCUUUGUUAGCAAGACAUGGAGCAGAUUAUUUCCUUCUUAAUCUUGUUCGGUCUUUCUAUCCAACUCUCAAAGAACGAGCUGCUGCUACUUGGGAAUCUGGUUUGUGAAGCACAAUGUAGAUGUUGUUACUGUACACAUUCUGCAUGAUUCCAUGUAAAAACUGCAAUGACUCUGAAAAUGCUAAUAAACAUCAAUGUUUUGCUUUGAAAAAGAAGUGCAUUCAUAGAUGCUCAUUAUUAGUUAAGAAAUUUUUUAUGUAGAUCAAACGGUUCAUAUUAAAUUUUGGUGGGUGUGAGAAGCAUUAAUGUUA